AUGGCCCCCAAAGCUCACCCAAAAUAUACACCAAUUCAGUCGUUUAUAGACUCCUCAUUCUUUACAAAGCUUGCUGAACUAAAAUUGGACAAGUUCAAGCUAGAUGCAUCUAGUCAGAAAGUGUGGGGGUUCCAACUACAAACUCAAAACUUGAACAAAUUCAAUGACACACCCACCAUUCAUUUGGAUGAUCAGAGUUUUUCCAACGGAAAGCCAAUUAAAGAGGAUAACCGAGUUUUAAGUGGUGAAUUGAUAAAUGUAAACACCAUUGAGGAGUUCAAGAAUACUAAUAAACAAGAUCUUUUGAAGCUGUGGGGGCAGCAAAUACAAGAGAGAAUAGCCAAGGCAAAGACAUUUGAUUUGGGAACGUUUAAUCAGUUCUAUGUAUGGAGCUACUCGGAUUUGAAAAAGUACAAGUUUUACUACUGGGUGGCGUUUCCAAUAUUGGGCAGUGAAUGGAAUCUCGAAAAAGAAGGUGCAGUGGAGGAGGAAACGUUGCAAUUGCUCGAACGUGAUGUUUCUGGUCAGUUUUUCCAGAUUGAUAAUAAUGUAUUGUUUGAUGCAGCCGACCAGAGGAAAUCCCACACGUUUGUCUAUUAUGAUGCGUGUGUCACUCAUGAACGUAGACCGUCGAUUCAAGUUAAAAACUAUCUUUUCCACCUAGCACAAGUAGGCUUUGAAAAGAUUGAUUUGAUUGUAUACAGAAAACAAGGUGCGUUCAAACAAACCCUUUCCCUAGUGUCACUACAAAACCCACCAAAGGUGACAGGGUGGGAGCGAACUAGCCAAGGAAAAUUGAGUCCGAAAUUAGCCGACUUGGGUCUGUUGAUCAACCCAUUAGAGCUUGCAAGCCAGGCUGUGGAGCUAAAUCUAAAGCUAAUGAAAUGGAGGAUAGCACCGCAACUAGAUCUUGAUAUCAUAAAAAAACAGAGUGUGUUACUUCUAGGUGCAGGUACAUUGGGAAGCUACGUGGGGAGGGCGUUACUAGGUUGGGGAUUCAGAAACAUAACAUUUGUGGACAAUGGAAGGGUCUCAUACUCAAAUCCUGUACGUCAGCUGCUUUUCAAUUUCGAGGACUGUUUCAGUGAUGGUGGACAAGGGGAACAUAAAGCUCAAAGAGCGGCUGAAAAUUUGAAAAAGGUAUAUCCUGGUGUUGUUGCAAAGGGAGUUUGCUUGGAAGUGCCAAUGAUUGGACAUCCAGUUACAGACGAUGAGAACCAAAAGGCGUCGUUCGAGCUGUUGGAAGAUUUGAUUGAAAAGAAUGAUGUUGUGUUUUUAUUAAUGGACUCUAGGGAAUCAAGGUGGCUCCCAACUGUUAUUGGAACUGCCAAGGACAAGAUAGUCAUCAAUGCGGCAUUAGGAUUUGACAGUUUUUUGGUUAUGAGGCAUGGCAGUAUCACUCAACAAAAAGCAGAUCGAUUAGGUUGUUAUUUUUGCAAUGACGUUGUUGCUCCUGAUGACAGUUUAAGCGACCGUACAUUAGAUCAAAUGUGCACAGUAACACGCCCAGGAGGUGCGUUGAUGGCCUCAUCGUUGUCUGUGGAGUUGCUAGUUUCUAUUUUGCAACAACCAGAUAAACAUAGAGCAAAGAAAAAUGACACGACAACUUUUGGUACCACGCCGCAUCAAAUAAGGGGGUUUUUGAACAACUUUUCUCAAACAACAUGGUAUGCUCCUGCUUACACCCACUGUUCGGCAUGUUCUGAACGCGUCAUCACUGAGUACAAUGUGAAUAAGUGGGAUUUUGUUAAGCGAUGCAUGAACGAGCAGGGGUACUUAGAGGAUCUCUGUGGGUUGAAGAAAGUACAGGAAGAGGCAGAGUUGGCCAUAGCAGCCAUGAACAUUCUGGAAGUUGAAGAUGAUGAAGAUCUGGAAUGGUUAGAGUAA